AUGUCUCAUGGGCGACCACCAGAUUAUGUUCAUGGGAGAAUAGAAGUUUUAUCUGAUGCAAUGAGUGAUUCUUAUAAGACGUAUUCAAAUAAAUAUCAUCAGAUAAAGAAUUAUCAGCAAAAACAAUUAUCGACUGCUAACGUUCUAUUAGAAAGAGAAAAUACUCUUACUGACUAUGCAAAUAAGCUAUUAGAUAAACAGAAAUAUAUCGGGGAAUCGAAAUCAAAACUGAAAAACCAAAUAGAAGCUAGAUCAAACGAUAUUCAGCAUGAAAUUGAAGAAUUAACAGAAAGCUUAAAUAGUUUGAUAGAUAAGUUUACGAAAACAAGUGAAAAUAUAGCUUCAAUUGAAAGCAAAAAUGUCGAAUUAAAAAAUAACGUUCAAUCUCUUGAACAACAAAUGAGUUCCCUACUAGAGAAAGAACAAAACCUAGUUGUACAGAUUCAUAAUCUUAUAUAUGAACACAAUUCAAAUUCUGUCGAAAUUGAAAAAGUUAAAUUGACUGAGGUUAAAAAUAACAUUCAAGAUUUGGACGAAAAGACUACAAAACAGAAUGAGAAGAUCAAAAAUGUCAACAAUGACCUCGAUGUUGUUGUAUUAAAGAAAAAUAAAGUGACAGCAAAGCAAAAAGAGCUUCAAAUGACAAUUAAUAAACUUCAAGAAGUGCGUGUUAAGAAUGCAGAUCAAAUACGAUCAGAAUUACAAGCUUUAAAUUCAAAACAAUAUAUUGAAGAAAUUCAUCGUUUAGAAAACGAAGGAAGUAAACUAGAAUCAAAUCUUACUACUAAAAUACAACAAGAAUUCGGGUUGUCAAAGGAAUUAAAUAAUUUUGAAAUUACAAAACUCAAAAAAUCUUACAGACUUACAGAACAGCAACAUGAGCUGGAUAAUCUAAUGAUUAAGAAGUCAGAGUACAUAAAUAAAACAGAUUUUGCGCAAAUAUCUAAUAAACAUCAAGAUUCAAAUUUAAAUCGGCUCAAAAAGUUAAAUGAACAAUAUGAAGAGUUACAGAAGCAAUUAAAAGAGGUAAAUAUACAGAUAACUACCGAAACAUUUAAAAAAGACAAAGCAAAUUCAGAUCUCAAGAUUGCGAACAACAAUUUUGAUAUUGCGAAUGAUAUUUAUAACAAAAUCGAAGAAGAAAUAAAGAAAUGUGAAGAAAUUCAGAACCAAAUUCCUAAAAAAUAUGAAAUUGAACCAGAAAUUGAAAUUGACGUCCAUUUACCAGAAGAUGUCAUUGAAGAACUCAAUGCAAUUAAUUUGGAAAACUCAAAACUACUUUUUGAGAUUUCAAAUGCAGAAAAUCAAAUUAAACAAUUUGAAAAUCAACAUGCUACUCUUGUGAGACAGAUUAAACAAGCACUUAAGAUACCUCCUGAUUUGAUACAAACGCUUAAAUCAACUCAGACCAGAUUCCUAAAUUCAAAAGAUAUUAGAACUAAAGUUAGACAGAGAAUGCAAGCAAGGAAUACAGAGCUUGAAAUGCUAGCAACAACGGUUAAUCACCUUGAACUAGAUUGCCUCAAUAAAAAUCGCAAGAUUAAUCAAAAUCAAGUUAAAUUCUUGAAUGAUCAGUAUAAUAGACUUUCUAUGCUCCUUUUCAAUACAUGUAUGACAGGAAUAUUAAGUAAUCUUACUUUAGAAGAUUUUCCUUCUCAAAUUGAUUAUAUGAAUCAGAUAUUUUCACGAAUUUUGUAA